CUUGAGGGCACAACAUGGCGGUGAUGUUUGGGUUACACUCUUAACGAACACAUGAGGAUUAAUUAAGAAUGUGGGUCGCGAGACGGCUUCUGACUUCCGGUUUGCUCACAGGACAUUACAGGCUGCUGUGUCGUCGUCUGAAUCCCCUACCCGAGUUCUCGCCCCGCUUCCUGCAAUGCACCUACUGCUGGAGGACUCGAAUCCCAGCCACAAACCUAUACCUCAAUGUUCUGCAUGAUGAACCUGCAGAACCUCAGUGCAGACAUGACGACGAUGCCACACUGGAUUCACUGUAUACCCCGGAGCAGCGAGACACCAUCCUGCAGCUCCUCAACACAGGCUCAGAGUCUGAGCUCACCGCCGUCAAAAUGCUCCGAGGACGAAAAUCAGCCAACAUUAUUGAGUACCGGAUCAGGAACGGACCGUUUAAGGAUCUGGAGAGUGUCGUGAACGUGCCGCUGUUAAAGCACAAGAGCGCCGUUGUGGCGUUCAACUCCAUUCUGUAUCCAGGAGAGAAGAAGGAGAAAAGGAAGGGGAAGAUUCAUCUCGCCAAGUUCAUCAGACCUGAAGUGGACAAGGCGCUGUUAGAGCAUGCCAGCUCCAUCGUGUCCAUUGUGUGUGGGCCGAACAGAAUAGCGUGGACACACAUGGACCGGGCGAUGACGGUGUUAGAGUGGCAGCAGCAGGACUGUCACAGCUUCAUGAAAGGCACCUACAUGGCCUCCAGUUAUCUGGAUGAUGUGAGCAGCGUGGUGUCGAACCUGCCGACGGCGGAUUUCUAUGUGGUGGAGAAGCCGAGCGUGUCGGUGCAGAACACGGCGCUGUUCCCGGUCGUGGUUCACCUGCGCACGGUGGAGGCCAUGCUGUUCGCUCUGCUUAGCGCCAGGAGAGAUGCCGGGGCGCCGCCCAGCGUGCUCAACAUGAUGCGCACUGCCGUGGGACGCCACUUCGGCCUGAUCGUGGGUGAGAGCCGAACGAGUGGCGCCGAGGUGGUGAGGAUGAUGAUGGCGGAGUCGGCGAUGAAGAAGAUACCACGUGUGAUCUUCCCAAAUGAACUGCUAGUGCGCUACAGCAGUGCGUUCCACUUCAGCACCAGGAACAAAAGACAGGAGAUGUGUGACGCCCUGCUGCAGGCCGUCGCCUUCUACGAGCUGCUCACAACCUCACACUGAGCCGUGUGUGUGUGUGUUUUGAGAAACUCUUAAGGAACUUUAAAAGAUGUGUCUUCAUACUGUCUCUCAAAUGGACCUGAUUUAAAGUAUAUGGUAAAAACAAUAUUCAGCAUGUUCCUGGAGAAGUUGUUUGCGGUCAAGACCUUCACUUAUUUUUCUACAAUAAACAACUUUCUCCUAGUGUC